CCUUCCCGGCCCCGCGUCCGCCGAGCCCCGCGGGGAGCGGAGCGGCCCCGGCCCGGCCAUGGGGCUGCGCGCCGCCGGCAUCCUCGGCUGCUGCUGCCUGCUGCCCCUCGUGCUCCCCGCAGCGCCAGGCGUGAACUGUAAAGCUGGCUGCCAUCCAGAGAAUGGAUUCUGUGAAUUUCCCAGUGAAUGCAGGUGUCAGCCUGGCUGGCAGGGUGCACUUUGUAAUGUGUGUGUUCCUUUCCCUGGGUGCUUGCACGGCAGCUGUGCCAAGCCCUGGCAGUGCAUCUGUGAGGAGGGCUGGGUUGGCAGCCUCUGUGACAUAGAUAUUCACCCAUGUUCAGCAAAGCCCUGCACCAAUAAUUCAACGUGUAUAGAGACUGGUGAUGGAGGAUAUAUUUGUCUCUGUGCCCAGGGAUUUACAGGAAAAAACUGCCAUCUCAAGAAAGGACCCUGCAUUAUUAAUGGUUCUCCCUGCCAGAAUGGAGGAACAUGCAUUGAUGACAAUGGUUUUGCACCCCAUGCUUCCUGUCUGUGUCCUUCUGGUUUUGCUGGCAACUUCUGUGAAAUAGAUAGAGACGACUGCGAAUCCAGCCCAUGUGAGAAUGGAGGAACAUGUACAGAUGUUGGUGUGGGUUUCAGCUGUUCUUGUCCCCAUGGCUAUACAGGAAAGCUCUGCAGCAGCCGUGUCACUUUCUGUGCAAGUGGCCCAUGUGAGAAUGGAGGGACUUGCAGCGAGCAUCCCCAGGGAGGGUUCGAGUGCAUCUGUAAACCAGAAUUUGUUGGCGUGACCUGCAAACAUCCCAGCAAAAACACCAGCCUCUCUGGAAUGAAUAUGGAGACAAAGCAUAUGCAGAAUUAUAAGCCACCCUCAAAAGCUCACCAUAGAUCAGUGCAUCAACAACAAGAAAUCCUGAAGAUAACAGUGAAAGAAACAAUUCAAAAUGCAGAUCCCUUACUGAGUAGAAGCCAGGUGAUAUGUUUUGUUGUGCUGGGCUUGCUUACGUGUCUUGUUGUAUUGGGUACAACCGGGAUUGUUUUUUUUUCAAAAUGUGAAAUGUGGCUUGCUAAUGCCAAAUAUAGUCAUCUCCUGCGCAAGAAAAAGAACUUUUUUCUGAAGUCUAACAAUGGGGAAAACCUCUCAGUUAAUAUUAUCUUCCCAGAGAAGAUCAAAUUGACUAAUUACACUAAGAACUACACUGCCAUCUAG